CCUUACUAAAAUCAAGAUAUAUCAUGUCUCCUGCUUCCCCCUCCACUCACUAAGUUAGUGACUCUGUCAAAGAAGGAAACUGGGUUGGUUUGGCAUGAUUUUUGUUCUUGACAAAUCCAUACUGGCUAUUACUUAUAAGCUUAUUUUCCUGUAGGUGCUUACAGACUGAUUGUUUAAUAAUUUGUCCUAGUAUCUUUCCAGGUAUCGAAUUUAGGCUGACUGGUCUAUAAUUCCCUGGGUACUAGGAGCCAUGGCCUAUUGCUACUGUGCCUUUAGGUCCUGGAGGAUAAUCUCCAACCCGUGCAUUUGUCCUGCCCUUGGCCUUCAUGCCAGGAACCACAUUUCAUCCUCAUUUUGGCCCCAGUUCAGCAAAACACUUAAGUACGUGCUUCACUUCCAUGGAUUUCAAUAGAACUGGAGGAUGCACUCAAAGUUAAGCAUGUGCUAAAGUGCUGUUGUGAAUGGGGAUGGACUUAACCAUGUGAUUAAAUGCUUUACUGACUUGAGUCCUGAAUGCUCUUCAGAUACUGUAUUUCAGUGUGUGGGGAUCGAGUUGGGGUUAUGGACAGAACUGCAGGGGGUUGAUAACGGUGGCUGCAGGUGACUGCACAUGUCAUGAGGAAGAAGAACUUGUGAAGGGAGGGACACUUGUGAAUUGGAGGCCUAGAAAAGAUAGAGGAACACUUGAUCAAUAUUGCAAAACAAAUUCCUUUUGUUGUGGAGGCUCCAACUGGAGUUAUUCAACAAACCUCCCCUUGAAGGAUGUGAAGAGGCAGUGGUGAUGAUGAAACAGGACUGCUGUUUGGCAAGGAAUGUUUCUGAUGGCGAGUCUCACCAGAGUAGAUUUUCUGGUUGCCCGUGCUAUGAAAGUGACACUGCUCAUUCAGAUUCCUCGGGGCCUCCCAUUAAAUGGCUUGGUGACUUAGAUGACUUCCAGAGUGACCUUGAGGACUGGGAGUUGGAUGCAUCUUUCCCUGAGCUGAAAAUUGAUUCUCAGUACGAGGAAGAGGACUGGGAUAAAGAAUUGGAGGAUGCUGAAUGUAAUCCAUAUGACGCGGAAGAUAUCGACUGUGGUAGUCUUCAGGAAAAUUAUCUAUUGGCAUCAUGUGCAUGGCAAGAAGAAUCAUUGUAUAACCCCAUGUGUCACCAUGCAGCUCCACUCGCUCUGAGUUCGCCAAAUAGAAUGCCUGAGGUUGGCCAGUUUGAUGAUGCAGAUGACUGAGGUUUGCCCCUGUUCAGGGUCACACUUGACAAAUUGGACUUUGCUCCAUUGCCGGGAUGCAAUGCAAUGUGGGGUUCCUUCACCUAGCCUACUGGGUUCCAAACAGGGCUUUUCUGAAAACUUUCUUUGAGAAUGUUAUUGAGCUGCAAAUCCACUGAUCAUGAUCAACUGGAGAGAGGAUCUCAGACUGGAUGCUAACCAUAGGGAUCUUUGCAGUUUUGUUGCAUGUUUUAUUUUCAUGUUUUUUAAAGAAAAAAAAAAAGCUGUCUGGGAAGUAUGAUUUUUAAACUUUGGCUCGAUAAUAAGCUCGGAAUAAGCCAGUUCUAAUAUGGAUCUCAUCUGUGUAAUUUUAUUUUUUUUUCUCUUUUUUAUUUGGCAUUAAUCAUUGAGUUGAGCUGGGAUUAAAUGUUUCUGUCCUUCUUACAGAUUAUACAUCAUAAGUAGCAUGACCAAGUUGUGUUUGAAGUUCAGGUCUUCUGAUGGGCUGAGGGGAAUGUACCGUUCGACAGUAUCAGUUAUGAGAAAUACAGAGUGCUUCAUUGUUUACACA